UCAUUUAUUCAUUUCCCAAUUUUAUAUCUAUAUCUGUAUCUAUAUAUCACUCUGAUAUAUAAUGGCAGCAGCAGUAGCAGAUGAACCCAAAACCAACACAGCAAUCAUGGAACCGUUAUCGAAAUCGUUACACCCACUUCACGAAAUCGCAAUGACACCAACGCACAAGCUUCUUUUAAAACAAUGGUUGAAAGAAGAAGAACUAAUCUUGAACCGUAUCGCUCUCAAAGAAACCCAAAUCGAUUCCGUUAGUAAAGAAAUUACUCAUCUUUACUGUUUCUUUUUUCUUUUCCAUUCCAUUUCACUCAUGCUCCUUUUUUCGUCUUCAAAUGGGUCGUCUUCUUGUAAUCGAUCUUGGAUUCCGUCGCUCUGUUCUUUACUCUGCUCUCUCGGGCUGAUUUGGGCUGUCAGAUAUAAGACUGAUACAGAAGCCCAUUUGGAGAAAAUGUUGGAAAGGGAAAAGGAAGAUGGGAAUUUGUUGGGGAAGUGUGUUGAUGAGUUGAAAAAGAAAGGGUUGGAAUUCGAUUUGUUGAAAGAAGUCGACGCAUUGAGACGGGCUAAAAGUUUGAAAGUUGAAACGAAAGCGGUUAAGAAAUGGUCUGCAAGAGAUUUUGUUACUCUAUUUUUCUUUACUGUUUCUUGUUUUGUUCUUGUGCUUACUAGGGUUAUUUUAUGUAAUUGAUAUCCAAGACUUCGGGUUUAUGGGUUUUUAAGUUGUUUUUUAGGCGGGGUUCGGGUCAAGAUUCGAUUUUUUUUGAUGUUUGCUGGUUUUUGGUGUUGAUAGAAACUGUUGGUUUCUGGUUUGGCAGUGCAUAGGUCUAUGUUCAAUUGGGAAAAGUAUAUGUAUACUAAAGGUCAGAUUCAGACAUAUCAAUAAAGAAAUCUUUGUUCUUUUGUUUAA